AUGGAGUGGAGAAAUCAAACGCCCAUCUCCGAAUUCAUCCUCCUGGGAUUUGGGGAGCUCCCGGUGCUGCAAGUUGUUCUCUUCCUCGUGUUUCUAGUGAUCUACAUGGUGACCGUCGCUGGAAACCUCCUCAUCGUGGUGCUGGUGGUGGCCGAUCAGCACCUUCACACCCCCAUGUACUACUUCCUGGGGCACUUGUCCUGCUUGGAGACCUGCUACAGCUCCACCAUCUUGCCGAGGGUGCUGGCCGGUCUCCUGACUGGAGAUAGAACCAUCUCUGUUGUUGGCUGUCUGGUGCAAUUAUAUUUCUUUGGUUCUCUAGUAGGUACAGAAUGUUACCUGCUAGCUGUGAUGUCUUACGACCGGUAUUUAGCCAUAUGUAAACCCCUGCAUUAUUCAACCUAUAUGAGUGACAGGUUCUGCCUUCAGCUCACAGUGGGGUCUUGGCUAAGUGCCUUUGUGGUUGUUACCAUUAUCAUACUUUUAAUGUCACAAUUAACUUUCUGCAGCCCCAAUGAACUGGACCAUUUCUUUUGUGAUGUCGCCCCCGUGAUAAAACUCGCCUGCAGCAUCACCCACGAGAUGGAACUUAUGACCUUUUGGGGUUCCUUUCUAUUCACAUUGCCACCGUUUCUAUUAACCCUGACCUCCUACGCUUGCAUCAUAGCGGUCAUCCUGAGAAUCCCUUCCCCAACUGGACGGCACAAGGCGUUUUCCACCUGCUCCUCCCACCUCAUUGUGGUGACCACUUUCUAUGGGACGCUCGUCGUUGUCUAUAUUUUACCAAAAACCAAGAUGCUGCAAGAGCUGAACAAAGUCUUCUCCAUCUUCUACACGGUCCUGACUCCUCUGGCCAACCCGCUUGUCUACAGCCUGAGAAACAAAGAGGUCAUGGAGGCCCUGGAGAAAACUCUUAGGAACUUUUUGACUUUCACCAAUUCUUUUUGUAGGGUGAAAUGA